UUCUGCCAUUUUACCGAUGCGCUACUGGAAUUGACUAUCGGAUCGUAUAUAAUAAUUAAUCAUUUUCUCAAAUAGAUUAAAAUAAUAUCAGUGUUAAUAAAAUAAAAUCCAAUUUAUUUAUGUAAUUCGAAAUUGUAUGUGUUAUUCGUUUGCUUACACGAAUAAAUAUAUUUGUGCGAACAAGGAUACCCCGUUUUAUGGUCUGAAUUGACGUUUAUGGUAUGUUGUGUGGCGAAAUAAUUAGAUCUCCAAAUCGAAGCCCGUACGCUACAUUAUUAUCAUCUCUUUACCCGAUGAUGACCGCUACUGUCGCCGAGGAUGAUAAUUUACUUGAAAACGGGCGUUUGAGUUAUGAAAAUCCCAAUUAUCAUUUGGCAGGAAGAGGACAAAUAGCGCUUGAUGAUGCAUUAAAUUCAAAUUUGCCGUCUGCUACAGAUUCUCCAGCUGGGUUCAACAUAAAUAGUGAAUGCGUAUUGUACUCGGAUAUUUUGUGCCGUGAUUUGGAAAGUGUGUGCAAUAUUAAUACGGACAAUAUAAACAGAAAACGUUAUAAAUCACUGGAUCUAGGAUCGAUGGGCAUAGACGUGCUUGGACAAACGGGAACAACUUGGAAUAAAACAAUAAAUAGUAACAUGGCGAGAGACUUGAAUAUCUCCAACAAGCAUGAAACGACAAACGUUAGUAACCUAAAUCAUCAAAUGCAAGUGUCUUAUACAAAACCGGAUUUAAUUGAGGAAUCUGAACAAAUAAAAUACAAAGGAGGGAACAUUAAAGAGAAGCGCACACCUCCUAACACUCUUUCCUUAAACAAAAAAAAUGGAAUUUCUAAUAUAAAUAAAGGAAUACCGCACGUUCAAGGUGAACUAAACAAUGAUUUGUAUGCGGUUCCGGUAAAAAGUAACUCGUCUGAAUAUUCAGAAGAACAGUUACCAGCUGGCUGGGAAAAACACGAAGACAACGAUGGCCCCUAUUAUUGGCAUAUUAAAAGCGGAACAAUUCAAAGAGAAAUACCAGAAUACAGCGGUAAAAAUGAACCUAAAACUCCCUUGGUCAAGGACGCAGAAUCGGUGUUGAACAGUUUUCAAACUAGUAAUAGUGGAGGUUUAGUUAGUUCUGUGACUAGAAGUACAACGAGCUCAGCUCUUGAAAACUUAUGUUAUCAGAAAAAUAAAAAGGAGGAAAUGGCUUACAAACGAAGAAGUUAUCCGGCUCGCAUUGAAAAUGAAAAUAAAGGAAUAAGAUUUGCAGUGCGCUCUUUAGGGUGGGUUGAAAUAUGUGAAGAUGAUUUGACACCGGAAAGAAGUAGUAAAGCCGUUAAUAAAUGUAUUGUUGAUUUAUCUCUUGGACGUAAUGAUUUCAUCGACAAUGUUGGCCGUUGGGGAGACGGAAAAGAUUUGUUUAUGGAUUUGGAUGAAGGCGCCUUAAAAUUAAUUGAUCCCGAGAAUCUAACGGUGCUAAAUACACAGCCUAUUCACACGAUUAGAGUUUGGGGUGUUGGGCGAGAUAACGGCAGAGAUUUUGCAUAUGUGGCUCGUGAUAGAAUUACUCGUCGACACAUGUGUCAUGUAUUUAGAUGUGAUAUGCCUGCUCGUACAAUUGCAAAUACUCUUAGAGACAUUUGUAAGAAAAUCAUGAUAGAACGCAGUCUCCAGCAAAACAUAAUUAGACCUACAGACUUCAGUAGUGCUACUAAAAUGAAUCAACCAGUUAGGCCAACAAACCUUCCUUUAGAAUACCGUAGGCGUAAGACUAAUCGGGGAAACUACACUACGGCUAACAGUACUAUAGUACAACCAUUUCCAACUCCGAUGGAAGAACCCCGUAAAGUCAUACGAGCUACUUAUUUAGGCUCAACGGAAGUUUCAAAGGCAUCUGGAAUGGAUGUUUUAAAUGAUGCAAUUCAUACAUUAAAAAAUUCACAAACUUCAAUACCCCAAAUAGUCACAGUAGCAGUUGCACCUUCAAUGAUUACCAUUCAGCAAGAUACAGACGAUGGUGAUCAAAUUGUUGAAUGUCGAGUUAGGUACUUAUCCUUCUUGGGGAUCGGUCAAAAUAUAAAACAGUGUGCUUUUAUAAUGCAUACCACCCAAGACUUAUUCAUUGCCCACGUUUUCGAGUGUGAUCCAUCUGCCGGAACAUUAUGUAAAACUAUUGAAGCUGCUUGUAAAUUAAGAUACCAAAAAUGUUUGGAUGCACAUCCACAAGGUUUAAAUCCAAGUGUAACACUUAGUCACAACAUUAACGGUGGGUCAAAAAAAGGUAUAAGUUCAACGUUAAAGUCAUUAGUUGGUACUAUUACAGGCCGCAAAAUGAAAUUGACUCAAUCCUGAGAAGAAGUUUUCACGCUACAGGAGGAAUUGACAAAUUCUGAAGAGCGUGAAGUUAUACCACACAGACAUUUGCAGUCGCCACAUACAAUAAAGUAUUAUGCGCUUUCGACCAGCAUGCAAUCCUUAUUAUCACCGACUAUUGAUAACCGGACCUUAAACGAUCCUUACUAAGUUAAUAUCAAGAAAUAUAGUUGUAUAAGAAAUAAACAUAAUAUACUAAAUUAUAAGAAGUAUUCAUACAUACUAUAUAUAUUGCUAUCAUGUCUAAUACUAGAAUUUGAGUAAAUCAGUUCCAAAUUGUGUUUUAUCGGCUGAAUAAUUACUCCCAUCAAUACUGUGUAUACUUAACUUUAUAUAAUUACAACUAGGGCUUUUUGAGAACAUAAAUAUAGUGGUGGGAUAAAUGCUGUGUAUACUUUCACUUUCCUAUUAGUAUACACAUACAGAAAAAUGAGAGCUGAGUACACACAGCUUACACCACUGUAUAUACACUAUAUAAAAAAGUUUGAGCAAAUUUAAUUUUUUUUUUAAAUCAAAGAUAUGACAAUAACCUGAGUUACUAUGAAUACACUAUACUACAAUACAUUUAUAUCUUAUUACAUUUCAUCAUAUCACAUAUCAAGCUUGAAAUAAUAAUGUCACUAUUUAUUCAUUUAGUUUCUGCCAAGAUGUUAAUUCACAUUAAUGCUGUUUAACCUAUAAUUAAUUACUAUUAAUGG